GAAAUUCAAAUAUCCAAAGAUGAGUUCCUCUAUUAAGAGAUCAAUAGUCCCAAAUCUUCCUCAAGAUAUUAUGUCAAAUAUACUUUCAAGAUUACAUGUUAAAUCUCUUACAAUUCAAAUGUGUGUCCAAAUCUUGGCUAUCUCUAAUUUCAUAUGAAGAAUUUAUCAAUCUUCAUCUUUCUCUAGCUAUUUCUGACCUAAACACAAACCAUUUUAGGAUUUUAACUAUGUCACCUUUUAAGUCCUUGGACUAUGAAUCUCCAUCAUCACUUGAAGAUCAUGUCGAUGACGAUAGCGCCAUUGUAGAUUUGUUGUAUCCAUCCAUGGAUCAUCAAGAACUUGAAUCAAAUAAUGUUGAAAUUAUUGGAUCUUGUAAUGGAUUGAUUUGUUUAUUAUUAUAUAACACUAAUAAAAUUUCUCUAUGGAACCCCUCAACUAGAGUCUCUAGGGACUUACCAAGUUUGACUUGUAAUUUUCAUGAUGAUUGUCCUAUUUUCAAUGGUUUUGGUUAUGAUUGGAUUAAUAACACAUACAAAGUUGUUAGAGGUACAUCAAAUGGAAUAGUUGAUGUUUUUUCUACAAGUGGUGAAAGAUGGAGAAGGAUUAAUCAAGGGUUUAAGGAUACAUCUAUUAUUUUUGAUGAUCAAGAACAAGGGGUUUUCUUUAAUGGAACUCUACAUUGGCUAGGGUAUUAUAAUGAUAUUAAUGAGAUAAAGAAGGAGAAAACAAUUGUCACAUUUGAUUUAGGACAAGAGAUAUUUGGAGUAAUGAAACAACCUAUGUUGGAACAUGAUGAAAAUGUUAAUUUUCAUAAUGUUGGUGUUUUAAAAGGAUGUUUAUCUUUGAUUAACAAAGGUAAUGGACUUUAUUGUGAAAUUUGGGUGAUGAAGGAGUAUGGUGUCAUUUCAUCAUGGAUGAAAUUAUUAGUAUUGGACACUAAUGAUUUUGAACAUAUUGGAUAUGUUGAUCCAAUUUGUUUCACAAAAAAUGGAGAGCUCAUUGUUGAUAAUGAAGGAUAUCAAUUGGUGAGAUACAAUAUUGAAAAGAAAACAUGUCAAACUCUCAAGAAUCAUAAUGAUGAUUGGUUUCAACAAAUUGUUUAUGUGCAAAGUCUUGUUUCACCAUAUGGUAAUGUUAUUUUUUAGCAAUACAAUAACAUUAAAUAAUGUUUUUAUUUAGCAAUGUAUCUAAAUAAUGAAAUUUAUUUUUCAUCUUAUUUAGCAAUAUAAUAGUAAUAACAAAUAACAUCAUAUUGAGCAUAAUCCACAAGUACUAAAGUUUGAAAAUAAUAAUAGUGUACGCAAUUUUAUCUUCAUCUUGUGAAUUCCAAUUGACUCGAUGCUGACGUACUGAAGCAUAUAAAAAAUAAUAGAGAAAAAAAUAAGACCACAAAA